AUGGCUCCCGAUCUCAACUCGCUGCCGACGUCGCAGUCUGGGCCCAGUGCCUCCCGGACGCGGAAGCAGCCCAACAUUCUCUAUGUGAUGGCGGACCAGCUGGCAGCGCCUCAGCUCAAGAUCUACAACGAGGAGUCGCAGAUCCUGACGCCCAACCUGGACGCGCUGGCAGCCAAGUCGGUGCAGUUUGACUCAGCCUACUGCCCGUCGCCGUUGUGCGCGCCCUCACGCAUGAGCAUGAUCACGGGACGGCUGCCCAUGGCCAUUGGCGCAUACGACAACGGCGCGCAGAUUCCCAGCGACAUCCCCACGUACGCACACUAUCUGCGGCUGAAGGGCUACGAGACAGUGCUGGCAGGGAAGAUGCACUUUGUGGGUGACCAGCUGCAUGGAUACGAGAACCGGCUGACCAGCGACAUUUACCCGGGCGACUUUGGCUGGGUGGUCAACUGGGACGAGCCAGAGACGAGACUGGAGUGGUAUCACAAUGCCAGUUCGGUGGAGCAGGCUGGCGUAUGUGUGCGCAGCAACCAGCUGGACUACGACAACGAGGUCAUGUACCGGUCGGAACAGUUUCUUUACAACCACGUGCGAGCCGAUCCAGAAACCCGCCGGCCUUUUUGCUUGACGGUUUCACUCACACACCCACACGACCCGUACACGAUCCAGCGCAAGUACUGGGACCUGUACGAAGGCGUGGACAUUGCGCUGCCCAAAGUGCAGAUCCCCAAGGAGGAGCAGGACCCGCACAGCAAGCGGCUGCUCAAGGUGUGCGACCUGUGGGACAAGGAGUUCACACCGGAGCAGGUCAAGCGGGCGCGGCGUGCCUACUACGGCGCUGUCAGCUAUGUGGACGACUGUCUGGGCCGGCUGCUGGGCAUCCUGCGUGAUUGCGAUCUAGAGGACGACACGAUUGUCAUCUUCAGCGGCGACCACGGCGACAUGUUGGGCGAGCGAGGGCUGUGGUACAAGAUGUCGUAUUUUGAGUCGUCUGUGCGCGUGCCCUUUCUCAUCCACCACCCGCACGACUUUGAGCCGCACCGCGUGAGCCAGAACGUGUCGACGCUGGACAUCCUGCCGACCAUGUGUGAUCUGGUUGGCGCCCGCGUGCAUGUCGACCUGCCCAUGGACGGCACGUCGCUGCUGCCGCACCUGCAGGGCCUCGCCGGCGGCCCCGACACUGUCAUUGCCGAGUACACGGGCGAGGGCACUGUGGCUCCGCUCAUGAUGAUCCGCCGUGGUCCCUGGAAGUUUAUCACCUGUCCGUCUGACGGGGUGCAGCUGUUCAACCUCGUGGCCGACCCACUCGAGCUGCACGACCUGGCCAAGAGCCUGCACAAGAAGCGCUCCGCCAACGGUGGUGCCGUGCUCUCGGCCGCCGAUGCCGACGCACUCAAAGUGCUCGUCGCCUUCGAGACCGAGGCGGCUGCUCGCUGGGACUUUGACCGCAUCACCGCCCAGGUCCGUCUGUCGCAGCGCCAGCGCAUGUUUGUCUGGCCGGCCCUCAAGAUCGGCAAGUUCACCAGCUGGGACCAUGACCCGCACGACGACGGGCGCGAAAAGUAUAUCCGCUCGCACAUGCAUCUCGACGAUCUCGAGCGCAUGGCCCGGUACCCUCCUGUGGACCGUUGGGGUCGUGUAGAAGCGGCCAAUAUGGCACCAACAAUGGCAUCCGACGACACGGCCCUCGGGCUGACGCAGGAGGACCUGAAGGCGAUUGACUCGGUGCGGGGGCGGUUGUAUCAGCUGACCAAUAGUAUUGAUCGCCUGAAAAACAGUGUGUUGAUGAGCAAUCCGAUGCCGACGCCGGAGUCGAUCCAGGCGUCUGCGUUUGUGCUGCAGCAGAAUCUGUCCUCGCUCAACGAGGUGAUGGCCCAGCACGCCGAGCUCUUCCGCCGCAUUGUUGUGCACCCGGACCCCAUGUUUCCGGGCCGCACGGCCGAGCAGGUGUUGACGUCGCUGCUGCGCAAGAAGCUGGAGCCAGACCCGCUCGGCCUCGGCGACAUCUGGGCCGACGCCCGCGCCUGGUGCAUCGACCGGAUCGGCGACUUUAUCCGCGAAGAGGCCUCGGACCUGUACACGAAGCGGGAGCGCGAGGUCAUCGGCAUCGAGAACGUCCGGACCGGCCUGCGACGGUCGCUGGAGGAGGACGACGAGGACGACGAGGACGAAGAGGACGAGGACGACGAGGACGAGGACGACAUCGCCACACGACAGGACCAGGACGUCGUCAUGCUCGACAGCAUCGGGACAGGCACAUCCACGGCGCCCGAAAAGACAGAAAAGACAGAAAAGACAGAACUGCCCAGAGGACCACCGGUCGAGCCAGAGGUGCUGCUGUGGCUGGCUGCCCGAGGCGAUGCCGAGCUGCCGCGCUACGUGGACAUCGAGUCGCGCAAGGCCGCUGCAGCCAAAGCGGCGGCUGCGCAGAGACGCUAG